UGUAUUGGUUAAGUCAGGAGUUUAUCCGAUAAAUUAAAAAAAAAAACAUUGAAAUCUUUCUACCCAAAUAAUAAUCACUCCUAGGAUCAAAAUGCUCAUUUACUAUAUAGUCCUAAAGCAUCACUCAUUCUUCAAGCAAAUUUCUGGCAAGAGAAACACAAACUUCUGCCCAAGUCAUGCAUUUUCUCAAUUCUGUCAUCUCCUUCAUCUUCUCUUACCUUCUUCUCCAUUCCCAAGCUUUCCAUCCUCGCCUCAACAGCACCACAGAUCAAGAUGCUCUGCUUUCAUUCAAAUCUUCAGUUUCCAUUGAUCCACACAGAGCUUUAGAUUCUUGGCAUCCAAACACUUCCUUCUGCCUCUGGCGAGGCGUCCUCUGCAACCCAAUAAAGCGUCGAGUCACCGGUCUUACUCUUCCAAAUAUCUCACUCGUUGGAACCAUUUCUCCCCAAAUCGCCAGCCUCUCAUUCCUCCAUAUUCUCGACUUGCAAAACAACUCAUUUUCCGGGAAAAUUCCCUCCGAGAUCCAUCGCCUUUUCCGAUUGAAAAAUCUCAUUUUGCAUUCAAACAACCUCCAUGGACCCAUUCCACCAUCUUUAAGCCAUUGUUCAAUGCUUCGUGUCAUUGAUCUUUCUAUCAACAAGCUUCAGGGCACAAUUCCAUCUGGAUUGGGCGGCUUAUUGAAGCUUCAAUUUCUGAGCUUUGAAGGAAACAAACUCUCUGGUUCAAUCCCAUCUGCAUUUGGCAAUCUUUCGUCUCUUCACACCCUUAUUUUAGGAGGGAAUCACAUAGAAGGACCAAUCCCAUCUGAAUUGGGUCGUUUGAAUCGUCUUUUGUACCUCCACCUCGGAAAUAACAAAAUCUCCGGCGGCUUUCCGGCGACAUUACUGAACAUGUCUUCCUUGUCAACUCUGGAAUUUCCGAUGAACGAAAUCUCCGGUGAACUUCCCCCUAAUCUCUUCAACGCAUUGCCCAAUCUUAAAAAUGUGUUUAUGGGGGCCAAUAUGCUUCGAGGUCAUAUACCUGAAUCUCUCUCUAAUGCUUCGAACAUCAAAAGACUCGACCUUUCAAGUAACCAAUUUUCCGGGGAGGUUCCUUUAUUAUGGCAGCUUGGAAAGAUCGAAACCAUAAAUGUAGAGUUGAAUUUUUUAACCAGUGAAGGGGACCAGGGUUUGAAUUUUGUUACUUCACUCUCCAAUUCGAGUCUUCUAAAAGAACUCACGGCGACCACAAAUUUAUUUUCCGGUCAGCUUCCACCCUCCAUUGGAAACUUGUCAGCACAACUUUAUUUGCUUUAUCUAUCGGAAAAUCAGUUGAGUGGAAACUUACCCCAAGAAAUUGGCAACCUGGGUGGUCUCAAUGUGCUUACUCUGGAUUCAAAUUCCUUCACCGGGAAAAUUCCUUCAUCUUUAGGAAACCUCAGGGACUUGCAGGCGCUGUAUUUGUACACUAAUUUUCUUUCUGGCUCCAUUCCUGAAUCUCUUGGGAAUCUGAGCUCACUCUCUGAAAUUGGGCUGAACGAGAACAACUUAUCUGGUGGUAUCCCUCUAAGUUUUUCAAAUUGUAAACGAAUUAAAGUUUUUGAUGUUUCCGCAAAUGGGUUGAGUGGGAGCAUACCAAAGGAAAUAUUCUCUGCCUACACAACUCUUGGACAGCUAUUUAAUGUUUCAUCCAACUAUUUUAGUGGUUCUCUGCCUGAUGAAAUUGGGAAGAUGAAGAUGGUUGAAACUCUGGAUGUUUCAAGGAAUCAAUUUUCAGGACCCAUUCCAUCAACAAUACAAGAUUGCCUGAAUCUUCACUAUUUGGAUAUGUCCAGAAAUUCCUUCCAAGGCCCAAUUCCAAGUUCUUUAUCCGAGUUGAAAGGGAUAGAAUACAUGGACCUUUCAUCAAACAGGUUGUCUGCAAAAAUCCCUUUGCUGGAUGACCUCCCAUAUCUCCAAUACUUGAACCUCUCUUCCAAUAAACUACAAGGAGAAGUACCUAGAAGUGGCAUCUUCCUCAACAUGUCGGCUAUAUUUUUAUCCGACAACGUUGGCCUUUGCGGCGGCAUAGUUGAACUUGGACUACCAAAAUGCGCCGUCGGCUCAACAGAUAAGAGAAAAAUUGGGAAAUUGAUCAUCGGAGUUGUUACAGGAGCAAUUGGUCUCAGCAUUGCAAUUUCUCUGAGUUUUGUUUUGAAAUUACGCUUCACGAGAAGGAAACAACUCAAAAAAUCGGCGAUGAGCGUGAUUUCAUUUGAAGGGCCUAAUCAUAAACUAUAUUCCUAUCAUGAACUGAGACAAGCCACAGAGAAUUUCAACAGUAGGAACUUAAUCGGAAAGGGGAGCUUCGGAUCUGUCUAUAAAGGCGUUUUAGAGGACGAAACUGAAAUUGCCAUUAAAGUGUUCGACUUAGAUCAACAAGGCGGGCCCAGAAGUUUUCUCGCGGAGUGUGAAAUCUUCAGAAACGUAAGGCAUCGAAAUCUUCUAAAGAUCAUCAGUGCCUGUUCUAGUUUGGAUUUCAAGGCCUUGAUCCUGGAAUUCAUGCCAAACGGGAACUUGGAAACCUGGCUUCACAGAGGAGGAGACGGCUGCCGAUCAGAACGUUGGUUGAAUUUGAAGCAAAGACUAGAAAUAGCUUUAGAUGUUGGAGUUGCAACGGAGUAUCUUCACCAUGGAUUGGAAAAUCCUGUUGUUCACUGCGAUCUUAAGCCCAGCAAUGUUCUUCUGGAUGAAGACAUGAGAGGCCACGUUGGGGAUUUUGGGCUCGCAAGAUUGCUUCAACUUCAAACCGAUUCUACAAUUCAUAAUCAGAGUAUCACCAGUAGGCUAAAAGGAUCUAUUGGCUACAUUGCUCCAGAGUAUGGUUUGGGUGUUGAAAUAUCAACGAAAGGAGAUGUUUAUAGCUAUGGAAUUCUUCUUCUUGAAAUGAUAACCGGGAGAAGUCCCGUGGAUGAGAUGUUUUGUGGAGAAAUGGAUCUGAAAAGAUGGGUGGCUGUUGGAAUUUCAGAUUCUGUGGUUGAAAUUUUAGAUGAAAAAUUACAAGCACAUACUUUUAAAAGUGUAGUUCUACAUCACUUAACUUCCAUACUAAAUAUUGGGCUAAAAUGUGCGAGUGAGUUGCCAGAAGAAAGACCUGAAUUCAAAGAUGUCUUGGCAAUGAUGAAGAAAAUUUGGGUCUUACUUUCCAAAGACAUUUCUUCCGCAAGAAACAACAUGAGAUGUAUACGUAAAAAUGAACAAACGAAGAAUUGGAACUUGGAUUCAUAUUACAAGGACCGGACUUUUAAUGAUGUAUAUAAGGGUAUUAAAUUAAUGCUUCUUUUGCCACAUCACUCCACUCCAUUGUUUUCUUAUUGUUCUGUUUUCCAUCCAAUGAAACUAUUUUCUGUUCUUCUUGUCCUUGUAACUCACUUCAACUUUCUUCACCAUUCUCAAUCUCACCAUCCUCAUUUCGACAAUUCAACCGAUCAAGAUGCUCUCUUGAACUUCAAAUCCUCUCUCACAAGUGACCCAAAUGGAAUUCUAGAUUCUUGGAAUCCAAAUUCCUCCUUCUGCAACUGGCAUGGAGUCCUCUGCAAUCCCAUCAAGCAUCGAGUCCUCGCCCUUCGGCUCGCACACUCUUCCCUCGCCGGAACCAUUUCUCCACUUCUCGCCAACCUCUCUUUCCUUCAAAUUCUCGACCUUCGCAACAACACCUUCUCCGGCGAGAUUCCGGCCGACCUUCACCGCCUUUUCCGGCUAAAACUUCUCGACUUAUCCUUCAACAACAUUCAUGGACUCAUCCCCCCAUCUUUAAGCAGUUGUUUGAACCUCCGUGUCAUUAAUUUCUCUCGCAACAGCUUUCACGGGAAAAUCCCAUCUGAAAUUGGCCAAUUGUCGAAGCUUCGAUAUCUGAAUUUCGACGACAACGAAAUUUCCGGGGAGAUACCUUCUUCAUUCGGCAACCUUUCUUCUCUCAACAAUCUGCGUUUGAGGGAAAAUAACAUAGGAGGUUCGAUCCCGCCGGAGUUGGGUCGUCUCCGUCGUCUUCAGGCUCUGCAAAUCGGAAUCAAUAACAUCUCCGGCGAAUUCCCCACUCAAAUCUUGAAUGUUUCUUCCAUUGUUAGAUUAAACAUUGCUGCUAAUAAGAUUUCCGGGACCCUUCCUUCAGAGUUUUUCACUGCAUUUCCAAAUCUUGCGUAUGCUCUAAUGGCGGGUAAUAGGUUUCACGGUUUCAUACCUUCAUCUCUGUCCAAUGCUUCAGAGCUUGAAGAGCUUGACCUGCCAUCCAACCAGUUUUCAGGAAGAAUUCCGCCAUUAUGGAAGCUUGGGAAGAUCCGACAUCUGAAUCUUGAAGAUAACAAUUUGACGAGUGGAAUUGAGGAUGGAGGAUUGGAUUUCAUCACAUCAUUAACAAAUUCAACUUUUUUGCAGGUAUUUAGCGUUUCCAAAAACCAAUUGACGGGUCAAUUACCUUCCUCAAUUGGAAACCUCUCGAGCCAGGUUUAUGGAUUAUACAUGGCAGAGAAUCAGCUGGAUGGAGCAAUUCCAGAAGAAAUAGGAAACUUGGGGAAUCUGGGCAUGAUUCAAUUCGAAUCGAAUUUCUUAACCGGGAAGAUCCCUUCUUCGUUGGGGAACCUCAGAAACUUGGAGGGUUUAAUUCUGAACAACAAUUUUCUCUCUGGUUCCAUGCCAGCAGCUCUUGGAAAUCUAACCAAAAUCGUUUGGUUGGCACUCCAAGGAAACAACCUUAGUGGAGAAAUCCCAAGGAGCCUCUCCAACUGUGGCCGUUUGGUCUAUUUGGAUCUCGGAGGAAAUGGGUUCACCGGCUACAUACCAAAAGAACUGUUCAUCUUGACAGGUUUAAUACGUUUGAAUGUUUCAUCAAACGAAUUCACAGGUUAUUUGCCUUCUGAAAUUGGGAGGUUGAAGAUGGUUGAAACCUUGGAUGUCUCGAGGAAUCAAUUUUCAGGGCCCAUUCCAUCCACAAUACAAGAUUGCCUGAAUCUUUAUGAUUUGAAUAUGUCUACAAAUUCCUUCCAAGGCCCAAUUCCUAGUUCAUUAGCCCAGCUGAAAGGGUUAGAACACAUAGACCUUUCAUCAAACCUGUUGUCUGCAAAAAUUCCUUCCCUUGAUGACCUUCGAUAUCUCCAAUACCUGAACCUCUCUUCCAAUAAUUUACAAGGAGAAGUACCCAAAAGCGGCAUCUUCCUCAACAAAUCAGCCGUGUUUUUAUCCCAUAACCCCGAGCUCUGCGGCGGCAUAGUUGAACUUGGACUACCAAAAUGUCCUACUGACAAGAAAAAAAAUUGGAAAUUAAUCGCAGGGGUUGUUGGAGGAGCAAUUGGCCUAUGCAUUGCAAUUGCAUUGUGUUUUGUCUCAACAUUGCGUUCGAAGAAAAAGAAACGACAUGACGAGAUUUCAUUUGAAGAUCCUGAUCAUAGACUACAUUCCUAUUCCUACUAUGAGCUGAAACAUGCCACAAGGGAUUUCAGCGACGAAAAUUUGAUCGGAAAGGGGAGCUUUGGAUCCGUUUACAAAGGUGUAAUCAGAGGUGAAACUCCGGUUGCCAUUAAAGUAAUCGACUUAGAUCAUCGUAGUGGAAUAAAGGGAUUCCUUACCGAAUGUGAAGUCUUCAGAAACACAAGGCAUCGAAACCUCGUAAAGAUCCUCAGCGUCUGUUCCAAUCUGGAUUUCAAGGCAUUAGUUUUGGAAUUUAUGCCGAACGGAAACUUAGAAACUUGGCUUCACAGAAGAGGAAACGACAGCAGAUCAGAUCGUUGGCUGACUCUGAAACAGAGAAUCGAUAUAGCUUUAGAUGUUGCGGCUGCAAUGGAGUAUCUUCACCAUGGACUGGAAACUCCUGUGGUUCACUGCGAUCUUAAGCCAAGCAAUGUUCUUCUGGAUGAAGAAAUGACGGCCCAUGUUGCAGAUUUUGGGCUCUCAAGGCUGCUUCAAGUUCAAGGAGAUUCUAUAAGCCAUACGCAGAGCAGCGCCAGUGGGCUCAAAGGAUCCAUCGGCUACAUUGCACCAGAGUAUGCAUUUGGUGUUGGAGUGUCGACGAAAGGAGAUGUUUAUAGUUAUGGAAUUCUUCUUCUUGAAAUGUUCACCGGAAGAAGUCCAGUAGAGGAGAUAUUCAAUAGAGAAAUGAACCUUCAAAGAUGGGUGGAAGUUGCCAUUCCAAAUAUGGUGAUUGAUAUUUUGGAUGAACGAUUGAAAGAACUUUCUUUUCAAAUCAACGUGAUAGAUUAUUUGGUUUCUAUUUUAAUUACGGGAUUAAGAUGUGCAAGUGAGCUACCGAAUGAAAGGCCCGAAAUGAAAGAAGUGUGUGUAUCUAUUAAGAAGAUUCGAAGCMUACUAUUUAAAUAAUGCUCUUCAACUAUUCAAAAUCAUGGAUCAUAAAUGAGUUUUACCAUGAGAUAUGUAUGAAAUAUAUGAUGAAUUAAUAUGAUUUU